AUGUCCCAGCUGUACUACAAGAAGACAGACAGCUCCUCAUACUGCGACCGCAUCCCCCUACGCAUCGUGCGGGCCGAGUCGGAGCUCUCGGCCCUGGAGAGGGCCUACCUCGGGGCGGUGGGCAAGGGCGACUACGCCACGGUGAAGGAGGCCCUAGAGGAGGCCGAGAUCUACUUCUGCAUCAACAUUGACUGCGUGGACUCCCUGGGGCGCACUGCGCUGCUCAUUGCCAUCGAGAACGAGAACCUGGAGAUCGUGGAGCUGCUGCUCAGCUAUAACGUGCAUGUGGGCGACGCCCUGCUGCACGCCAUCCGCAAGGAGGUGGUGGGCGCCGUCGAGCUGCUGCUCAACCACAAGAAGCCAAGUGGUGAAAAACAGCUCCCACCCAUUCUGCUGGACAAACAGUUUUCGGACUUUACCCCUGACAUCACUCCGAUCAUCCUGGCAGCCCACACCAACAACUACGAGAUCAUCAAACUACUUGUGCAGCGAGGCGUAAACAUACCUCAGCCGCACGCCGUGCUGUGCGACUGCCUGGAGUGCGUGUCCAGUUUGGACGUGGACGGCCUGCGCCACUCGCACUCCCGCCUCAACAUCUACAAGGCAUUGGCCAGCCCGUCGCUAAUCGCCCUGUCCAGCGAGGAUCCGUUCCUCACGGCCUUUCAGCUCAGCUGGGAGCUGAAGGAGCUCAGCAGGGUGGAGAACGAGUUCAAGUCAGAGUAUGAGGCGCUGUCGCAUACGUGUAAACAAUUUGCAAAGGACCUCUUGGACCAGACCAGGAGCUCCAAGGAGCUGGAAAUCAUCCUUAACUACCGUGAUGACAUCAACCCACUGCUGGAUGAGAACACUAACGAUCUGGCGCGGGUCAAAUUGGCUAUCAAAUACUGCCAGAAAGAGUUUGUCGCCCAGCCCAACUGUCAGCAGCUGCUGGCCUCCCGGUGGUAUGAUGAGAUCCCGGGCUGGAGGAGGCGUCACUGGGCAGUCAAGCUCAUCACGUGUAUACUCAUCGGGCUCCUCUUCCCCGUGUUAUCCAUCUUAUACUUGGUCUCUCCGAAAAGCCGUUAUGGCUUAUUCAUCCGCAAGCCCUUUAUCAAGUUCAUCUGUCACGCCGCUUCCUACUUGACAUUCCUGUUCCUGCUCCUCUUGGCAUCGCAGCACAUCGAAGCCCCGCAGCGUGACCUUCAGGGCCCAGCGCCAACCGUUGUGGAAUGGAUGAUCUUACCCUGGGUCAUCGGGUUCAUCUGGACAGAGAUCAAGCAGAUGUGGGAUAGCGGUUUCCAAGACUACAUGGACGACUGGUGGAACAUAAUGGACUUCAUUAUGAACGCAUUGUAUCUUGCAACCAUUUCCCUGAAGAUUGUUGCCUAUUCAAAGUAUAGUGGGCACAAACCCCGAUGCAGCUGGGAAAUGUGGCACCCGACCCUCAUAGCCGAGGCGUUGUUUGCCAUCGCCAAUAUCUUCAGCUCCCUGCGCCUCAUCUGCCUUUUCACCGCCAAUUCCCAUCUGGGCCCGCUGCAAAUCUCGCUGGGCCGCAUGCUCCUCGACAUCCUGAAGUUCCUCUUCAUCUACUGUCUGGUGCUGCUGGCCUUCGCCAACGGCCUCAACCAGCUCUACCUUAACUACAAAACCGACGAGGGCAGCAACUGCAAGGGUAUUCGUUGCAUGCAGCAAAACAACGCGUUCUCGACGUUAUUCGAGACACUGCAGUCAUUAUUCUGGUCUGUGUUUGGCCUCAUUUCCCUGUAUGUGACACGAGUAAAGCCGGACCACGAAUUUACGGAGUUUGUUGGAACCACCAUGUUCGGCACGUACAACAUCAUCUCCCUGGUUGUGCUGCUGAACAUGUUAAUUGCCAUGAUGAACAACUCGUACCAGCACAUUGCCGAUCAUGCGGAUAUAGAGUGGAAAUUUGCCAGAACUAAAUUAUGGAUGAGCUACUUUGAAGAGGGAGGAACUUUGCCAUCUCCGUUCAACAUAAUACCCAGUCCCAAGUCAUUUUAUUAUCUGACAGGAUGGAUACAAGCGCGUGUAUUUCGGAGGCCAAGCUUAAAAAGACUCGCAACCUUUGAAAGUUUGGGGAGGCGUGCAGCAGACAAUGUCAGACUAAACCACGAGUAUCAGGAGGCGAGUGAGCGCGGCAAUAUAAAAACUCCCACUCUGAGUGGAGCCCUCCUCACUUGGGGUCUGGAAGGGGUACGAGCCAGGAAGCCAAGGAUGAAGCUCCUCUUCGCGGCCACCUUUGCACUCUUUGUGCUCUCAUCCUCGUUGGACGAGGCGCACUCGUCGCCCUACGACAAGAUAGUGGCGCACAGUCGCAUCCGGGCGAGGAACCAAGGGCCCAAUGUGUGCGCCUUGCAGCAAGUCAUGGGGACCAGGAAGAAGUACUUCAGCACUUGUCGCAAUUGGUACCAAGGCGCCAUCUGUGGAAAGAAAGCGACCGUCCUUUACGAGUGCUGCCCAGGCUACAUGAAACUGGAUGGAAUGCGCGGUUGCCCUGCAGUGGCCCCGAUCGACCAUGUGUAUGGCACAUUGGGCAUGGUGAAGGCCCAUUCCACACAAAGAUACGCUGACGUGUCCAAGCUAAGGGGUGAGAUCGAGGGAUCUGGCUCGUACACCUUCUUUGCGCCCAGCAAUGACGCCUGGGAGCUUUUGGAUGAGAGCAUGCGGACUGCGCUUGUGAGCAACAUCAACAUUGAGCUGUACAACGCCUUGCAUUACCACAUGGUCAACCAGCGCCUCCUGACCAAAGACUUACGCAACGGCAUCACAGUCACCUCCAUGUACAACGACCUGGGUCUUCUCAUCAAUCACUACUCCAACGGGGUGGUGACCGUCAACUGCGCUAGGAUCAUCCACGGCAACCAGGUGGCCACCAACGGCGUUGUCCAUGUGAUCGACCGCGUCAUCAGCGCCGUCGGGACCACCAUUCAGGACGUUAUUGAGGUUGACGAUGACCUGUCCACACUGAGUGAUAUUGCCCAAAACUCUGGAUUGCUGGACAAGCUGGGUCAGCCCGGACAUUUCACUCUAUUCGCCCCCACCAACGAAGCCUUUGCCAAGCUAGGAGGUGACGUGCUGGAAAGGCUCCAGAGCGACAAGCACGUCCUCCAAGCUCUUCUGAAUUUCCACCUCCUGGACUCGGUGCAGUGCUCCGAGGCCAUCAUGGCCGGCACUUCUUAUGAAACUCUGGAGGGCAACAACAUUGUAAUCGGCUGUGACGGCGAGAGCUUGACUGUCAAUGGCAUUAAGAUGGUUCGCAAGAAGGACAUUGUCACAACCAACGGCGUCAUCCACCUCAUUGAUCAAGUGCUCAUGCCAGACUCAGCUAAACAGGUGAUGGAAUUGGUGGGAAGCUCCCAGUCCACCUUUGGCGACAUGGUGUCAGAGCUGGGUCUCUCUGCUGCCAUGAGGCCUGAGGCCGAGUACACUCUCCUGGCCCCCCUCAACACCGCCUUCAACGAUGAGGUGAUGUCCAUGGAUCAAAGGAUGCUCAAGUUUAUCCUGGAGAACCACAUCCUGAAGAAAAAGAUCAUCCUCGGACAGCUUUACAAUGGCCAGACACUGGAGACAAUUGGCGGGAAGCUUCUGAGGGUCUUCAUCUAUCGCACUGCCGUGUGCAUCGAGAACUCCUGCCUUAUCAGAGGUAGCAAGGAGGGAAGCAACGGAGCGCUCCAUCUCAUGAGGAGCUUCCUCAAACCGGCCGAAAAAUCCGUGUAUGAGAUUCUGCGAGAUAAUGGCGGGUUCAAGAUCUUUUUGUCUCUGAUGGAAGACGCCGGACUGACUGAGUUGUUGAGACAAGAGGGAGACUUCACCUUAUUCGCCCCUACCGACAAGGCUUUUGCUGGUUUGAAAGAGAGAGAUUUCACUCUGCUGAAGAGUGACGUAAAUGCUCUGCGUACCAUCCUUCUGUACCACAUCAAUAAUGGCAUUUUCAUUGGUGGCGGUUUGGAGACUGGAGUGACGAACCUUCUCAAGUCCCUGCAAGGCAGCAACCUCAAAGUGAUGUUUGCAAACGACACCAUGCGAGUCAAUUCAGUCCAAAUCCCCGACUCUGACAUCAUGGCCACAAAUGGAGUCAUUCACUCUGUCAACCAACUCUUGUAUCCCGCAGAUAUCCCUGUUGGAAGCCAGGAUCUCCUCUCGCUACUGAAGAGGCUCAUUACCUAUAUACAGAUUAAGUACAUUCCAGGCUUCAGAUACCAGGAAAUCCCCCUCACGUUUUUGAAGAAGAUCAUCACACAAGUUGUUGAAGCUCCCGACGUGACCAAAGUGACGAGGGUCAUCCAACAGGAGCCGUCCAUCACCAAAGUGACCAGGGUCAUUGAACGUGAACCGACCAUCACCAAAGUCACCAGAGUUGUCUCAGGACCUCAGUCCUCAGUCAGCACUGGCACCUCCCACGUUGCAGUGGACGGAACUAACCUUGCAGAAAUCUCUACCAUCGAAAAGGAUACAAAUUUCGAUGGCGACCGACUUGUCAAAAUGAUCAAAGAGGGCGCUUCAAGGAGAAAACCUACCCGAAGAGUUUUAGCUGGCAUCAGGCGAAGGGGAAGGGACUUAGCCUCGACGAAGGGGAGUGACCGGAAUUAAAGCAGCAAGGCUUCAAAGCACAGCAGGUUGAAAGUGGCUUGCCGACACAGGGACGCACUUUAAAUGUCAUUUCAAGUAUACUCUUGAUGAAAAAAAAUUGUUCCGGUAAGCAAGCUCGACGGCACGUUGAAUGCAUGUCCACUUUAAGGAUCUCAGAUGCAAGCAAAAGAACAUUCAUUCUGACUUCAACACGAGCCAUUAGUGUAGCAAUAAAAGAAAAGAAACUAGAGUUAGUUACUAUACUUUUUCCCUGUGUCCUUUGCCGCAGUCAAAGCAAUGAAACACAAGUAGAAGAUUUUGUAAAUCCAAGCAUGAUAAAUAAGUCGAUAAAUGUUUUCAGACCCUGAA